AUGGAGGAUACGCCUGUCAAUGCGGCCCACGCUUUUGCAAACGCGGCUGAGGAGUUCGAGGAAAAGGAACUUUGGGCUAAAGCCAUGGAAGCCCACUUCCGUGCUGCUGAACAGUUUCUUUCGGCGAUGAACUAUACCUCAGAUCCGGAGGCAAUAAGAACCUUAAAAUUGCUUUAUGCUAAUCACACUCGACAAGGAAAGGAAUUGCAACGUC